AUGUCGUUCGCAAGCACACCCGUAACUCGCACGAUGGUGCUCGGGCUGGUGGGCACGUCGAUCGCGGCCAGCCUGUUCGACAUCAAGCAUUACUUCGACAUCCAGGUCGGCCUGCAUCUCUUUACGUACAGGCAGACGUGGCGCGCUCUCGUAUACCAGCUAUGCUAUACCAACUCGUCCGAGGUGCUCUUUGGUGCCAUGGCGCUAUACCACAUGCGGACGGUCGAGCAGCAGUGGGGGUCGAGGAAAUUCGCGUCCUUCGUCAUCGUCUCUGGCCUGCUGACAGCCGUCCUCCCGCCGCUCAUACUAGCUGUUAUCCUCCGGCCCCUGACCUUCGGCAUGUUCGAUUUCCUCCCGGCCGGUCCCACGCCCAUCAUCUUCGCCAUCUUGGCGCAGUACCACGCCAUGAUCCCACACAUCUACAAGUACAAGGUCGCGCUGACUACCGGUCCGCCGUCCGCCAACGACGCCGACGACUCCGUCCCGGGCAUCACCUUCUCCGACAAAUCGACCAAGUACCUGAUGGCGUUGCAGCUCGCCUUCUUCCAGUGGCCCGGGUCCCUUCUCGGCGCGGGUAUCGGCUGGCUCGUGGGCCAGGCCUGGCGCAGCGAGCUGCUGCCCGGGGCGCUCACGCGCUGGCGGGUGCCCGGAUGGCUGGUUGGCAUGCGGGGCCGUAAGAGCAACGAGAGGUUUGAGGGGAUGCGGAGGAGACUGGAGAGCGAAGGAGUCUCGACGGCGGCUGCGUCAGGGGCGCAGCAUGCGGGCGGUGUCGAGGGUAGUAACCGUCGACGGACGAUGGGGCAGCAGAUUUUAGAUGAGGUGCGUGGGGCGUUUUGA